AUGCACUUCAACAAGGCGCUUAGGCUGCUCGUCGUGAGCCUCUCCGCGAUGUCCGUCGCGGAGGCCACCUUUGCGGGCGCCGGCGUUGCCGGUAGCGGCGCGAAGGGAUUGCAACGGAGACAGCUUCCUGGCAACGUGGGCGGCGCAGACAACGCAGAUAACGCAGACAACGCUGGCGGGGCUGCGAAUACUGGCGACGCUACCGCCACAUCGUCCGAUCCGCCGCCGGAGGAGACAUCGACACCCCCGCCGGAGCAAACUACGACCUCGGACCCUGAGUCGACCUCGACGACUUCCUCGUCAUCAUCAAAAGAAGAUCCUCCUCCGACCACCACAUCGAGCUCUCAGACGUCGACACAAAGCCAGACUUCAUCCAAGCCGACAUCCACCAGCUCCGAGCAAGAGACCACCCGUUCAUCAUCGAGUCAGCCACCCAAGACCACAUCGAGCUCAUCCUCCCACCGAGAGCCCACAACCUACGUCAUCACCCACAUCGUCACGAGCACCCGUGGUGAUGGCUCCCCGGUAACCUACACGAGCGAGACCAAGACGACAGAAACCCCGGGCCUCGCGGAUGGCGAAAGCGGGCAGGAAUCCGGCAUGCCCACGCAAACCCGCAACACGGUUAUCGGUGUCGUGGUCGGCGUGGGUGGUGCCAUCAUCCUGGCCGGUCUGGCGCUGGUGGCCUGGCGCAUUUGGGGUCGCAAGAAGCACCAGGAGGAGAACGAUGGCCUGAUGGACUAUGGUAGUCACAUCGAGAGCAAGCCCGACACUAGCGGUUCCACGGCUGGCCGCACCCCGUUCCAGAGCACCCUUGAGAGUUAUCACGCGCCGACGCAGGUUAACUCAGCGGCCAAUUUCUAA